UCAGCUGUCUGCGACCAUUUCAAAGCGAGCUUCUCGCAAAUCCGCACCCAAUACACAGAGAGAGAGAGAGAGAGAUGACGAUGGCGAUGAUGACAGGGAUGAGCAUUGUUGGUGUCGGGCUUGGUCAUGGUCAUGGUGGUGGAGGAGGAGGAGGAGGAGGUGGUGGUGGCGAUGGUGUCGCUGUUAGUAGUAGUAGUGCUGGUGUUAUAGGCGCAUGUGUAGCUGUCCUCCUCAUGCUCUUCUUCAUCCUCCUCCUCCUCUUCCUCGCCUGCAAGCCAUGGCGCUUCCUCUCCCCCUUCCGCUCCUCCCUCACCCACCACCACCGCAACUCCCUCAAGGCUGAAGAUCUAGAGAGACCCCUUGUCCCAGAUCGUGCAGAUUUGGUCCAGGAACAAGGAAAUGAAUCUGCUAGAAAUUAUGAAUUCGAAGGGUUGCGUCUUCAAGCUGAAGAGUAUCUCAGCUCCCCUCGAUUGGAGGGACUUGUUCAUAAACAAAGGGUUCCCUCUUUAUCGUCACAUGUUAACCAAGGUGAUAGCGUCGUCCUGGAUGUUGUUCCUGAUAUACCAGAAGAUGCUUACCUUGGUCAGACCCUUAAGCGUCCGUAUGUGAUAAACCGCUCAAUUGAAGAGCGAAAACGUAGUAGAAUUGAAGAUCUAACCCCCAGUGUGGGCUCUGAUGGCAGUGGACUUCAAGCUUCUUCGCAGAAGGAUAUUGGAGAUCAAAGAAGCUGUCUUACUCUGGAGGUUGUAUCUGGUCCUUCUCAAGGGAUGUCUUGUUCAAUAAGAUCGAGUGAUACUAAAAGGCUUCCACUGACCCUUGGAAGAGUGCCUCCAAGUGAUUUGCAGCUGAAGGAUUCAGAGGUUUCAGGAAAGCAUGCAAUGAUCAACUGGAAUUUAAAUAAGCUUAAAUGGGAGCUGCUCGACAUGGGUAGCUUAAAUGGCACUCUCUUAAAUGCUCAACCAAUCAACCAUCCUGAUUCUAGUAUUAGACACUGGGGUGAUCCGAUGGAACUUGCCGAUGGUGAUAUAAUAACCCUUGGGACAACAUCUAAUGUUUCUGUCCAAAUUACAUCUCAGACAGAGGACAACAUUCCUUUUGGAGUUGGUAUGGCAUCUGAUCCCAUGGCUCUGCGUCGUGGAGGUAAGAAGCUUGCUAUGGAGGAUGUCUGCUAUUACCAGUGGCCUCUCCCAGGACUUGAUCAGUUUGGGGUUUUCGGAAUUUGUGAUGGACAUGGUGGAGCUGCGGCUGCGAAAUCUGCUAGCAAGAUUAUUCCUGAGAUGAUUGCUAGUUUGCUGUCGGAUUCACUAAACCGAGAGAAGGUGUUGUCUCUAUGUGAUGCUUCACAUAUCCUUCGGGAUGCAUUUUACAGAGCUGAGGCAUGCAUGGAUCACUACUAUGAGGGUUGUACAGCAACAGUCCUGCUCAUAUGGGCUGAUGGUAAUGGAAAUUUUUUCGCUCAGUGUGCAAAUAUUGGAGAUUCUGCAUGUAUAGUGAACAUUGAUGAGAAGCUGAUUAAGAUGACGGAAGACCACAGAAUUGUUAGCCAAUCUGAGAGACUUCGGAUAAGAGAAAUGGGAGAACCAUUAAGAGAGGGAGAAACACGUCUCUGUGGUUUGAAUCUUGCUCGGAUGCUCGGAGACAAAUUCAUUAAGCAGCAGGAUAAACGAUUUUCUGCUGAGCCUUAUGUAAGCCAAGUUGUCCAUGUUGAUCGAGCAAGCAGAGCUUUCGCUCUAAUGGCCAGUGAUGGCUUAUGGGAUGUGAUCAGCCUUAAAAAAGCAACUCAGUUAGUCCUCCAGGCGAAGGAGAGACGCACUGCAAAUGGAGAAGACUUGGCAGAGAAGGUUGCCACAUUAUUGCUGAGCGAGGCCAGAAACUUGCGCACAAAGGACAACACUUCCAUAAUCUUCUUGGACUUCAGCACCACCUCUCCAUGUAAUGUCGAUUCUUAGCGGUUAGGUUACAAGGUUCGCGUUCUACAAUUAUAUGUUUAUUUCCUGCGAGCUCUUCUUUGGAGGAGCUCCCAUUUGUUGUAUCAUCCUGCUGAGGAGGGCUCGAUACUGCCGAGCAUAGUGAGGGUUGCUUGCUUCACAUCUGAUCCUCGGAGAUAGACAUGGGAUGCCCUAGUUUGGCAGAAGAUGGAGUUCUGGUUUUGUUGGAGUUUUCGUUUUCGCCUGCCUCUUUGAGAGAUAAAUGCUGAUACCAAGAGGCAACCGAGCAGUCUGUCCCAAGAAACUUGAGUUUUUGCGGAUUUCACCAUUUUUUCGUGCUGAGAAGAAGAAAGACGGACGAGCCUGCGGGAGCACCAUAGAUAGGGAAUUUUACCUCAGUAGCGCCAUGGAAAAUAUAGAUACAUAUAUGGAGGAGAGUCUAUUUCUUUUUCAUACCCCCUUCUUUUUUUUCGAUUUCUUGUAAAAUUAGGAAGGAUAUGGAAGAAUUUUACCUCUCACAAUCGAUGUCUUGUAUAUAUUCAAAAUAUUUUAGAUCAUAUUCACCCAAAAAUAUUUUAGAUUCUAGAGAUAUUUUUUUUCGAUA